AUGACGGACUACAACAUGUACCUUGGCGGACUCAUGGCAGACUGUCAGAGGAGCGUGCAACGCCCUUCCCACCCGCCCGAACAUCCCACUAUACCUACUCAACACUUCGCGACACCGCCAACCCCUCUCCCUUCCUAUUCAUUCAAGGAACCACAGACCAUUGCGCCUCGACCAUGUAUCUCUAGAGGCCUACCGUCCACAGCUGCUGACCCUGCGGCCUAUACUUCUAGGAAUAUACCGCCUGCAGGCACUGCAUUUCGACCUUAUGUCUCCAAACACCUAACGCUCCCAGCUGCUGGCCCUCGACCCUAUGCCACCAAGGACCGACCGCCUGCAGCUGAUACCGAUCACCCCAAUGUCAACAAGAACGUUCCACCUGCUGCUACUGCCUCUCGAUCUGCUAUCUCUAGGAAUCCACUCCCCGUACCUACUGCUCCUUCGCCUUUCGUUCCUCUAUUUCAACUACCUAUCGUUAAUUCAAUAUCCGCUUGUGCUCCGCAAAAGAUCCAUGAACCUACAACCCCGAUUGGUCAGGCAGCACCGAUGCAAGACACGCGCAAAGGUUGCAGCAAAAAAGAACCAGACAAAGUAUUCCCCAUACGCUACAAGAACCUGAGUCAGAGUGCCAUGAGAGAAGAACUCAGAGCACGUGGCCUACUCUGCCAUGGUAAGAACUCCGACCUUGUCGAGCGCUUGGAAAAAGACGACGAAUUCCAAGCCAAGCCGAGGACAGCCGAGAAUUACGAUACAAUGAGUCCGGAAGAUACUUGCAGUCUUUGCGUCCGCCGCUGUAUCCCGUCCCAGGGUCUGGUUUCAUCACUUAAGGACCGCUUGAAAGCUCACGACAAAAGGAGAAAUGAGACAGAUGCUGCCGUGCCAGGACUUAGCCCGUCAAUAGUUUCUCGCGAGCCUCUCUCUGCUCUCGAAGUCAAAGCCAGCCAAGAAAUGCCUGAAGAGAAGCAGCUUGUGCAGAAAGCGAAGAAUGAACUGGCCUCAGUGACAGAAACAGCGGAGAAGACCGAUCAUACGGCGGAAACCGUGGCACUCACGAAACCCAUGAAACGUGUCGAACACAAACCAAUCAAUGGUAUGCCGCUGGGCCAAAACAUACAUAAAGCGUGCAAUGACUGCCACAACAGACAUCGUCGUUGUAUACAUGACAUGAACGGCAAUGAGGACCCUGCGAGAGCCAUUGAGCCUGCAAUUCCAGAACCGACUGGUUUUGAAGCGUACAUCGAAGAUAGAACGGAAUUCAUCGCUGAGGAGAAGCCAACACUGGCUGUCCAAGAAGUCGCGCCGAAACGUACUACAAGACUUCGUCUAUCACACCCAAGAGUAUCGGCUUCUCAAAACGACAAGAAGCCAACAAUGGCUAUUGAAGAAUUGGCUGGAACACGUGGCACAAGAUCUCGCGGAUCAUACCCAAAAGCAUCGGCUUCUCCGAACGAAUCGAGAAGAUCAGCGCAAACUGGGCUUAUGAGAAAGGAUGUGAAAAGGAAAGACAAUGUGCCAAAAUCUAGGCGAACUCAGUUGUACUACCAGCCGAAAGAUGAAAUCAUCCUACUUCAGAUAUGCCUCAAGUUGAAAGAUGUGGUUGAUUGGGGAAAUAUUUCGGGCUUCUGGAACAUGGUGCAGGACACGUUGCAGCUGGAGACGGGCAAGCCGUAUAAGAAAGUCAGCCGUCAUGUCAGAAUCCUUGUUUGUAAGCGGCAUGCUGAACAGCAGGAAAUCGAGCAACGGGGCAAGAUCUCUAUCUCUAGGGUCAGUGCAGAAUGCAGGCCGCUUCUGGACAAAUGGAUCGCGGGGGCAAACGGAACACGUCAUGUCUCGCCAAACACCUCAACUAUACCCACCUCGAUCGAAGACGAGGACAACAUGAGCCUUGGUAGGGUAGGAAGACAGCAGUUGGAUCCAGACGACUCUGUGCUUGAAGUACAGAAGAGAUCCGCUACGGAUGCCUGGCUAGAUACUUCGUGUGACACUACACCAUGCAAAACACUCGAGCUUUGCACCUCCGAGCUAACCUCUAGUACAAGCAAAUCUUGUGCUGACAGUGUAGGAUGCUGGAGCCUGUCGGGUUCUAGCGUGACGAGUGAGAGUAGCCUUGAAGACGAGAGUGAAGACGAGGACGACAUGGAGAGUGGAGACUAG